AUAUUUUAAUGCUAGUUUAUGCUGGUUUUCCGUUUUUUUACUUCUUCGUUAUAUCGCUAUUUGUGAGAAUAGCUGUGAAUAUCUUCUCCCUGCUAGUAAGCAGCUAUUCGCAGUUAAGAAACAGACCUAAUAUAUCGAAGAAUUAUCGAUAACUUUCUGGCUAACAGCUGUCAUAAUAGGGCCAGCUGAUUAGUUCUAAUUUUAAGUCUGUUUUGCCGGUAUGUGAGUAUUGUGGUUUUUGUCGAAUUUUUAAAUAUAGUUAUAUUUAAUAUAAAGUUAUGAUUCCUGUUGCGAUAUACACUUUUUCAGUACUGCUUCUGUUGCCUAAAGGUCACAGUUGCAGUCAAUCGCCUGCCAAACCUAUUGUGGGUUUGCAGUUAAGCGAUACUGGAAUGCACCGCGAUCUCAUAUACACUGUUCAGUUUACUAAUGCGUUAUCUGAUAAAAGCUGUGAUUACAUUCUGGAGCAGCUCCUUCCUGCUGGUGUCUACAUUAGUGUUGAUCAAAUUGAUGAUUUAAAACGUUUACAGGCGAUAAACGGUAUUUUUCCGGAAUUUGUUGAUAUUGAGUCGCCAACAGAGAAAUCUAAAUCUUUUACUAUCAUGUUAAAAGGUGUGCCGCAAUCAACAGACAUCAUUAAAUUGCCUAUACAUUAUCGCUACCAUGCCCCGAGUAAAAAAUACAAUAAAUUCGCCACUGUUGAAAUACCCAUUCCGAAAUUGUAUAUAAAAUGCAAAACGCUUGAAGACAACUCUAUUGAAGAAUUAUUGGAGACAGCAUCUAAAUAUAAUUAUUGUCUAAAUGAACGUAGCUUAAGUUUUGAAACCAAAAUUAACGAAAAUAAUAGUAAUUCAUCUCCAAAAGCAAAUUUCGCUGUAUACGAAAACUGUGACUGGUAUUUAAUUGACGUUCAUUUUCAACUUAAAACGGAUUUACGAGCUGACAUACCUAUAGGAAAUGAAAAGGCUUUCCCUCCUAUUUUAUAUGCUACAAUAAUCAUAAGUUGGAUUAUAUCGUUAUAUACAGUCUUUCGCACACAUUCUAUACCUCGACGCAUUAACUAUAAAUUAGAAGAACAACGAAUUUUGCAAAACAAAAUGAAGUAACAAUGCAUGAUAUACAGUUAUAUAUUAUAUAUAUUUAAGUAUAAUUGCAUUUUACAUUUCAGUACAGCAUUCUGAAAAUAUUUUCCAAAGCUUUUCAAGUAAUAUAUGUAUUAAAUAAUAAGUUUAUCUACAAGUCAAAGAUAAAUAGCAGUAGUAAAAAAUAAACCAUUACAUAUUAACUUAAACAAAAAAAUUUUAUAAACUGCAGAUUUUAGAUUUGUAAAAAUUUUAAAUAUUUACAUACACUCAAGAUGUGACCCGGGCUGGGUUGAUACAACCCUUUUUAAGUUCACGGACAAUCUUAAGUUUUUCUUUAGUUUUAAUAGUUUCAAAAUUGAAGAAGUCCUUUGCAGCACCCUUUGAACAGUAGAUAAGCUCACUUUAACACCAGCAUUUGCCCUGAUCUUGGCGGUCGAUUCAUGAGAGUUGGAUGCUUUUCUCAAAAUUGCUCUCUUGUUAACAUCGGAAAACACUUUAUUGUUACCGCCUUAAUAUUAUCGACCGUACUCCGGCUUUUUACGCAAGAAAUUGUAUAUAACUUUUCCACUUCUGCCAACUUAUUUCGAUAUUUCAAUUAUUGGAAGCUGUAAAAUUUCGGAAACUUCGAUUACUGCUUUUUUUCAACCGAUACCGAUAAACAACCUUUAAGUCGAAUUAAGGUUACUUAAUAAGGAAAAAGAUCUUUAUCAGAUUAUGAUCGGUCAGUUUGUAUGCCAGCUUUAUGCUAUGGUAAUCAUAUUUGAACAAUACUAUGGUAUAUUCGCAGAUUGUAACUUUGCUAGAAUAGACAAAGUGUCGUGGCUGAAUCGACUCAGCUCUUUAUGCUGAUUAUUUAUGUUUAUACUCAUAUAUACUUUAUAGGGUCUCCGACGUUUCCCUCUGGAUGCCAGAAAAUUCGAUGCAAAUUUAAUAUACCCUGCUCAAGCCAUGUAAGUUUAGGAGGAAUACGAAAUUCCAACAUAUCGACAUAAAGAGAACUCCUUUUUAUACCAUCUAAAUUCAGGACCGUAACAGUUAUGGGCAAAAAAAUUAUUUUUCAAUUUUUAUUUUUUCCUCACAAAAUAAUCCUUCUGAUUUGAUUUUUAUUCUUCGCUUACAAAAUGAAAGUUAUUUGAUAACUAAGCUUGGAAAAGCACAAAAUUAACUGUCAACGAAAUCAUGUAAUGCUAGAUCCCAGAAGCGACCAUAGGGAGAGCGGAGAAAGGUGAGUUGAUUGCUGAGAUCUAACCCUGUUUGUAAGAGUUUCUGUUGUAGAUUUACACCAAAAAAAUAGUGUUAUUAGAUGAGUAAAUCUCAGACGUGUGCUAAUUCCUUAACGUUUGACAGUUGUACACGGCAAAAGCCCGCAGUAAACAAUUAACCACCAAAUGAAAGUAUGACCCUGAGAACCUAUAAAAUAUAUAUAUAUAAUGGAAUAUAUAUAUAUAUGAUAUGUAUGCAAAACACUCAGCGUGCCGAGCUGAGUCGAUCUGGGGAAAAGGAACUCUUAAGAUCGGACCACUAUAGCAUAUAGCUGCUAUACAAACUGAUCGCUCAAAAUCUUGUAUGUACGCUGUUUUUUUUUAUGAACUGUAUUAUAGCUUAAGUGCAAAAGAUGUUAACGUUCUUUCUUGUUUUUUUAGAGAUGUUAAUAUAUACAUAUAUAGAUAUUUAGAUAAUGUAUUUAUUAUAUUUUCUUUAUAUGCUAUCAGUUCUUAAUAAUGUUGUUUUAAAGUUAUCGAAUACCAAUUUACUCGAAUUUAGUAACAGUAGCCUCUGUAUCUUGCCCUAUCCUUUCAAUUGUCUGCGAUUUUGUGUUUGUGGGCAAAUUCGUGGGAUCAUUCCAUGGUUGUAUUGUCGCUUGACCAAAUAUGAUGAAUAAAGCGUUACAUACCAAAUAAACGCCGGCUGUUAUAUAGAAAACGAUUCGCCAUUCGCUGGGUUCCUCCUGUGACAGGAAAUUUUAAAGAAAGUAUUAUUAGUAAAAAAUAUUAGUGC